AUGCUCUACUACAGUGGCUUUACCAGGCGCAUAGGAGCAGAUGUGGAUGAAGGCAGCACCGUCACCGACUUCCUGCCCGCCGAACGUGCGAGAGGCAUUACAAUCCAGUCGGCCGCCAUCACCUUCUCAUGGCCACCCACAGCCCAGUCUACUCAGCCCUCGCCCCUUGAUGCCUCCCUUCCCGCCUCUGCACAUCCCCACAAUAUCAAUCUCAUCGACACUCCAGGCCACGCCGACUUUACCUUUGAGGUUCUCCGCUCCUUGCGCGUUUUGGACGGCGCGGUCUGCAUUCUCGACGGAGUUGCCGGCGUUGAAGCUCAGACGGAGAAGGUAUGGGCCCAGGCAUCCGCCUACGCCAUCCCACGAAUCAUCUACGUCAACAAGCUCGAUCGAGACGGUGCGGCCUUUGCUCGCACAAUCAAAGAAAUCGGCGCUCGAUUGGGCGUCUGGCCUGCUAUUUGUGGGAUCCCGUGGUGGGAUGCGGAAGGCCGACUGCAGGGGGUGGGUGAUGUCGUUGGCCUGCGAGCGCUGAAAUAUGCAGCAGGAGGUGAUGGAAAGGACAUCGAGGUCUUCAAUCUGCCCCAAUUGGACGCUCACGAUUCCGCCCUCGCAGCCGAGCUGAAGCAAGCUCGGAUGGCCCUGGUCGAGCUUCUAUCCGAACACGAUGAUCAACUCGUCGAGAAAUAUCUCGAAGCAGACGACGAUGCCCUGGCCAUUGCGCCUCAGGAUAUCACUAGCAGCCUCCGCCGCUGCAUUGUCGAGCAGUCCCAACGCAUCGUUCCGGUGUUUGCCGGAGCAAGCUUCCGCAAUGUAGGCGUCCAGCCUCUGCUCGAUGCUGUAGUCGACCUUUUGCCGAAUCCAGGCGAACGACCGGAUGCUGAGAUCAGCUAUGGCCCUGGCCUGAAGGCGAGACUGUCUGACGUUCUCGCCGGAAAGAUCAAGACCGCCUCUCCUGCGGGUGGUAAAAGCAAAUCUCUCUCGAAAGAAAAGGCCACCUUUUCCUUGCAGAGAUUCGAAGCCUGCGCAAUUGCCUUCAAAGUGGUUGCCGAUGCCAAACGAGGCGUGCUGGUCUACGUCCGCGUCUACUCUGGAGCAGUCAAUCGCAACGCUGUCCUUUGGAAUACGAAUCUUCGAAUGGCCGAACGAGCUCAACGAUUGAUGAGAAUGUAUGCCAAUGAAGCUGUCGAGAUCGAUAGCAUAUCAGCGGGUCAAAUCGGCGUCAUACCAGGGCUCAAAGCCACUCGCACUGGCGACACUCUCAUCAGCUACGCGGGCCUGAAUCCCAAGUCGGGUCUGCCAGAGCCUCUGGGCAGCCUGCAGUUGAGACCGAUCGAUGUUCCUCCGCCCGUCUUCUUCGUCAGCGUGGAGCCGAGCAGUCUAGCGGAGGAGAAGCAGGUCCAGGAGAGUUUGGCGAUCCUUCUUCGUGAAGACCCCUCUCUGCACAUAUCGACCGACGAAGAGAGCGGCCAGACACAUUUGUCUGGCAUGGGAGAGCUCCACCUCGAGAUCGCGCGUGAUCGCUUAGUGAAUGACUUGAAAGCGAAAGCCAGAAUUGGCAGCAUCGAGAUUGGGUAUCGAGAGGCGAUUACAGCAGAGGGUGAGCAAGUCACAGAGACAUACGAUCGAGAGAUUGGUGGCAAAGGCUCAAAAGCAGCAUGCACGGCGGCCGUCUCGCCAAUGCACGACGCGACAGAAACUCCAGAAGGACACGACCAAGUUAUGCAUUUACCAGACAACAACCGCCUGACCAUCGCAACACCUACCCUCCACCCCGACGGCUCACCAAUCGACUCCACUCAACCCAGUCUACCACCCCACCUCGAGCUGCCCGAAAUCCUCCAAGCCCUCCGCAACGGCGUGUCCGCCGCUCUCGCCCGCGGCCCCGUCCACGGCUACGCCCUGCACUCCGUAGCAGUCGACCUCACCUUCAACCCAGCAACGCACAUCUUUCCCAACACCACUCUCGCCGCCCUCUCGUCCGCCGCGCGCUCAGCCGUGCAAACGGCGCUGCGCCAAAGCUCCGGAACCGCCGCCACCAUCCUCAUGGAACCCGUCAUGUGCGUCACCAUCAGCGUAGACGAAAGCAGCAUGGGCGCCGUGGUGCACGACCUCUCCAGCUCGCGCGGCGGGAGCGUCGUCUCCCUCGGUGCUGAGGAGGAAGCGACAACAUCGACAGCCAUCGACGUCAGCAAAAUCUACACGCCCCCGGAUCCCUUUGGGUCCGUCGGUGCUGCGGAUUUGGGCGUGGCGGGGAGGAACCCUAUGCGCCAGGUUGUGGCGCGCGUGCCGUUGAAGGAGAUGGUGGGCUAUCUGAAGCAUUUGCGCUCUUUGACUGGAGGGCGAGGCACGUUUACCAUGGUCGUGGAUCGGUUUGAGAAGAUGGGGGCGCAGCGGCAGCGAGUUGUGUUGAAUGAGUUGAGAGGCGAUUAUGCAUAG